AUGGAUUUCUACAAUUGUGAAGAUAUUAGAAUAGCAAAAAAAAUACUUACCAGCGAUCUAGAUGCAUUAAAUCUAGAAAAAGAUGAUAAAAUAAAGCCAAACAGUUCUGGAAACUCUAAAAAGGACAAGGUUAGUGAUUUAAUACUAACAAUAAAAACAAUUCUGAGCAACAAAAUUGAAAGCAAAUUGCCUCAGUAUGCUGCUCUCAACCUUUUUAAAAUUCCAAGCUCAAAAAAAGCUAAAUUUGAGUCAAUUCUUGACGAAAAGUUAAAAAAAUUAGAAGAACUAUUUAUUGAAGAAAGAAACAUCUUCCGAGAAAUAGUAAAUGAUGCGGCUAUUAACAAUAGGCCAAAAGUAGAAAGAAAGCAGCAAUCCGAUUGCAAGACCGAAUCGAGCAAGCAAUCUGACUGGUCAGAGAUUGUAAAACGUAAAAUUAAAAAGAGCUCAAAUGUUCAACACGUGGCGAAUGUUCAACACGUGGCGAAUGUUCAACACGUGGCAAAUGUUCAACACGUGGCGAAUGUUCAACACGUGGCGAAUGUUCAACACGUGGCGAACAUCAACAUGUUGAAAACAAAGAAAAAAACACACAACACUAACAUAGCAAAUAUGAAAACAGUUAUAGGCACCCAAACUGAUAAACAAACAAAUUUGAAAGCGAUGAAACCUUCGCCAAAAAGAAAAGUUUUUUACGUUGGUCGAUUGGACCAACAAUGCACUGCAAAAGAGUUAAGCGAACACAUAAAUGGAUUGAAAAUUGAG